AUGCGACCAGCAAAGCCAGGGAUCUGGUAUGUCCUCGGCACGGCUCUCAGGCUUUGUGUCGACUUGGAAUUGCACUGUGAAUCUCCUCGGUCUUUGAGUAGUUACAAUUCCUUUACUAGAGACAAGCGAAGAAGAUUAUUUUGGUGCACUUAUUCCAUUGAUAGACAAGUGUGCUUAUAUCUCAAUCGUCCAGUGGGUAUCUCAGACGAUAGUAUCGAAACUCCAUUUCCGAGCGAGCUUGAUGAUGCGCUUAUUGUCGACGAUGCAAAUUCUCGGGCUGAUUUCCUGAAUCUCGGCACUCAAUCCGAAUCAACACCCUCAUAUAAAUCUGUUUCAAUCGCCUUUUUCAAAAUACGACAGAUUCAAUCACAAGUGCAAAGAAUACUAGGGCAGAAAAAGGCUGAGUUACCGCUCAAAUUCUCCUCGCUUGAUUCCUGGCGGGCAGAGAUGAAUAGGCAACUUCAGGAAUGGCGCAACAGCCUUCCGAAAACCCAGCGGAAAAUGAAUUGUGAUUUCAAUACCAACUUUUUCGACUUGAAUUAUUUCCAUACAUUGAUUCGAAUUCAUGGUCUUUCGUCCAAGAGAUUUCUGCUUACAGCAGAUGACUAUGAAAUACUCUCAGACGCUUCUAAGGAGUUGAUCAAUUGCUAUUCGCUGCUUUAUGCCAACAAGUGUAUCAACUAUACGUGGGCAGCAGUCCACAACAUGUUCAUGGCGGGCACUUCCUAUCUUUAUGCUGUUUACAACAGUAACGAUACAAAAAACGCCAAUAGUGUUUUUGAGGUCAAAAAAAUCACCCAAGAGUGUAUAACGAUCCUACACUCUUUGAUUGACCGAUGUGUUACAGCGUGGUCAUGUAUUGAAACAUUGAAACUAUUGAGUGCAGUGGUGCUAAAAAUUCGAUACAACGAAACUGUCUAUGCUAAUAUGAACCGAAUUGCUAUACCUAGUGCCCAACAAAUAGCCAAGAGUCAACCUGCCGGCUAUGUGAAUUCCAAUCUUCAACAUCUCAUCGCUGCCUUGAUCGAACACGAAAAUAUAAACUCUUCUGUUCCUCAGGAACCGGACCAGCAGCAGACGUAUGCCAUUCAAAACCCCAAAUCAGAACCGCUCGACCAAAUAACUCCAUUUGAAUGGGUUUCAGAAAACAGCUUGGAAGGGCUAGAUGUCGGAGGGGAUCCCAACGCCUUAGAUAUCAAGCAAUUCCUCACCCAGUUGGAAACAACAUCAGAUGUUUCCUCUAUUUCUGGAAGAGAGAGUUUACUGGGAUAUAAACCUUUUGACGGCACUCCAGUGUCAAACCACUCUCAUGGUUCUACAUACUCAUCGCCCGCCAAUGGGUAUCAGAGUCCACAAACGGGACGAAAUUCUGCCCAGCUGGAAGUUCAAUCCCGAGACGCUAAGCGUACGUUUGAGAUGAUGAAUAAGGUCACUGCCGACUCCAUUUGGGACGAAUUUUUCACCAGCCAAACUGUAGGUGGAUUUGGAAUCAAUGAGGGUUUGAUAGUCGAAGAGUGA